AUGGCGCCCGGCGGGGCCCGGGCCGCCACCCGUUGCCUGCUGGCCGCGAUCGCGCUGCUGGCGCUGGCGGCACCGGCCACCCGCGCCGACGGAGGGAGGCAUCUGCUGCAACAGAACGCCAGCACCAUAGUGCUGACGGCAGAGAACGUGACCCAAAUUGCAGACGAGAUCGCCGGCCUCGGCGACGGCUCCGUGGUGGUCCUCGACCUGGAGAACGCCACCCUUGAGGGGCCCCUGCAAAUUGGCGCGGCGCUGACCAUCAGGGGCGCGUCGGCGGGCUCGGCGCCGGUGAUAAACUGCGCGCCGAGGGGCAGGAGGGGCCGCUUCGAAACAGCCCUCGAAGUGUCGGCUAACAUCACUCUGGAGGACCUUGUGAUAAGGCAGUGCGGCAAUCCUGCAGUGUCGCUGACACCGGAUGUGGGGGCUGUCCUGUCAGCAACAUUUAGAAGGGUGUUGUUUGAGGACACUGUUUACUUCGGCAGGAGCGCUCGCAUCGGAAGUGAUAUCCUGUCAGGGGGUGCUAUAGGAGCUGUGAGCGGUUUUGACAUCCUGGUGGAAGAGUGCAUUUUCAGGAACAACACCGGGUCAAGUGGUGGAGCAAUCGCAGCUUUUGGAUCGAAUGUGACAAUAAUCAAUUCGUCUUUUGUGGGAAACAAGCUGGACAACAGCCAGGAAGUGGGGUUUGGUGGUGCAGUGAGCAUUAGAAGCUCGUCGACAUUUCCUGGAGGGUUCUUGACUGUGGAGGGUUGCAAUUUCACGGAAAACAUUGAUCCGGUCGGUGGUAGCCAGGAUGAACUGCAAGCCACUAGCGGGGGUUUCCCUCUUGAGGGCACGCAGUUUGUGAACUUUGUUCGGCCCCGGUUCGCAGGAGGUGCACUGAUUGUCGAGAGACUAACUGAUGUUAGAGUCAGUGGUUCUAAUUUUGAGAGGAACAUUGCCAACCAUGCUGGAGGUGCCAUAUACGUUUCAGACGUUGAGACCACUGAGGUUAGUGACUGCAGCUUCACUGACAACGAGGCUCGCACUGAAGAUGGGUUGCAGACUAGAGAAGCGCAAGGUGGCGCCCUAUACAUUGAGCUGACACCGCAAGGCUUCAAGUUUAACAUCAAAGACUGUAACUUCACAAACAACUCUGCUGGUUACGGUGGUGCUAUCCACUACGUCGGGCAGACAGCUGCAGUGUUGGAUGUCAUGGAUGUGAUCUUUGAAGGGAACCGUGCAACAAUUGGGGGCGGUGCGAUGCUGUUGCGCAAUUCCCAAGACACAAAAUUUUUGAGGACCCAGUUCCGAAACAAUGUGGGUGCCACUGGGGGUGCUAUGAUGCUGGCAAAUGCAGCUGGGAUGACUUUGACAGGUUCCUGUGGACGCUCUGACUCGGAGUUCACAGGAAACGUGGCUGUCACAGGUGGUGGCGUCGCUGCUCGUGGAGGAGGUGUGAUGAUGAUUGAUGACAACGUUCUCUUUGAAAAUAAUCAUGCCCUUGAGUCUGGUGGCGCCAUUGCAGUCAUUGACGGAACCAUCACCACCGGAAUGGACUAUCGAAAUCCGAUUGUGGUGAACAACAGUGCCACCAGAGGAGGCGGCAUUUUUGUGGAUAGCAUCGGCAGUAUCAGUGUCAGGCCAGGUGGAGAGUGCGACCGGAGUGAGCUGUCUUCAAAUGUGGCUACCUAUGGUGCUGGCAUGCUUGUCCGUGCCGAGAGCCGAAUACCAAUUGAAAUUCUGGUCUUGGGCACCAGUUUUGUGGGCAAUGCAGCAUUGCAGAAGCUCACAAGUGCAUGGCUCGUGGAAGACAGCCGGGGAGACUUCUUCCGAGGAGUGACUGGUGCAGAGAAUUUCGAGAAUUUGCAGAGGGUCAUCUCAACCAGGAUGACCAAGCUUGAGCUACUUGAUGGGGUGUCGAUGGAGGGAGUGGCUCGAAACGAUGCAGCUGAUGUUGAUGCUCUCACCUUGGGAGGUGGUGCAGGCAUGCUGCUGGAGCUGGACCAGGGCACAGGGCAGAGUGGUGUGAGUGCAAGAGUGGAGAAUGGCAAAUUUGAGAGGAACUUUGGGACCUUGGGAGGUGGCUUGAUGGCCAUUGUCAAUGGCACCGAUUGGAAGCCCAGUUGCCAACCUGAAGAAACAAGCUGUCGUAGCUUGAGGGUCACAAACGUGAACUUCACCCAGAAUGGUGCUCUCUCGACUGCCGGUGGCCUGUUCGCCUCUGACCCUCGGAAUGUAUUUGUCGACGAUGCCAAUCAGACCCUGGUGGACUUUCUUGGACCCUUAGAGCAAGAGUUUCCUAUUGAUGAACCAAUAACCUUUGUGGAUAACUCUGUGGGUGAAGGGGGUUUUGGUCAGGAUUCGGCCUCUUUCGCCAGUCGUCUUGUACUGAGCAAUCGUACGAUGCAAAGGGCUGUCGAGACAGAGAAUGGCAUUGUGACAUUUAUCAACACUGGCAGGCUCGACCACAACAGCUCUGACCCCUUGCCGGAUCUUGUUAUUGAGGUCCAGGACUCUUUCAACCAAACUAUCACUUCUGGAACACCAGAUGCACGCCUUUCUGUGGAAGUCACUGCAACAAAUGCGACUCCAGGAGGAACUGUGGGUGACGUUCUCUCUGGAGCGCGCAUUGCUGAAGCUGUCAAUGGGGUUGCAACAUUCAAGGACACCUUUGCAAGAGCCCUAAACGGAACUUAUACUAUGAAGUUCUUUGCACAGCAGCCACGGAGUUUGAGCACUCUUGAAUCUCAGGAGUUCCAAUUCAUCGUCAGGGACUGCUUGAUAGGAGAGACCCGCCUGGGUGUGGUCUGCACCCAGUGCCGCGGUGGCUUUUUCAGCCUGGACCCCAAAAAUGAUGUAACCUGCCAUCCCUGUCCCUCCAAUGCCGUUUGCAAUGGAGGUGCCGCUGUAGUACCCAACAAAGGUUUCUGGCACUCCACACCAUUCUCGUCACAGAUCCACGAGUGCCUGUUGGUGGAUGCGUGCCGGUUUGAUGACAGGCAGAAGGAUCUGCAGGAGUUCUUUAAUGAAUUUGCCAACUCAGGAAACUCAACAUUGAGGACAAACGUGACUGAAGAAGAGUAUGAUCAGUGUGCAGAGGGCUAUGAGAAUGUCUUGUGCGGAGCCUGCAGCGAAGGUUUUGGGCAUGUGGAGUCAGAAUGUCGCAUGUGCGAGAAGAAGUCAAGACAGAGGUUUCUCUUCUUGCUGAUCGUGAUUUGGCAGCUUAUAGUGCUGAUGGUCACCAUCAAGGGUGCCCUGUCUGCGGGAGCUGACAUGGGAGACCUCAGGGCUUUCCUGCAGCAGUCGGGCAUGGUCGCUGGUGACCCUGGCCAGAUCGAAGGACGUAUACAUGAUGCCGCUUUCCCGGACGAUGGCAAGAACAGAAACAUCCUCGAUGGGGCGCGCACGACAUCACUUCCAACUAGCACAAUAUAUUCUCAGCAAAGCAAUGCCAGCUAUGCAAGUGAUGGAGAUCUGGGAAGUGCCCGGAGCCAGCACUCUCCAGGGUCUGCGCAAUCCCGCAGCAUGGCAUCCAGGCCUAUUGCUCGGAAAUUGGAGCAGCAUAUGGGACAGCCUGAUCUGAGAGCCUACAGCGUUGGGACGAUUCAGAUUGGACUAAAACGGAUAGGCACCUUGAGUGGUGGCAAGAGCCAACAAGUGCAGAAUUCGGGCAUCAAUUUCAGCAAUGCUGAGCAGCCACAACCUGCAAUGCCAGAAUCGUUCAAAACCAUCAGGCAUAUCAUCGCUGCAGAGUUCCUGUCAGAGACCUUUAAGAUUGCAACCAACUUCCUGCAAGUGACGAGCUUUGCUCUUGCCAUCAAUUCCAACUGGACGAAAAUAGUGAGGAAGCUGCUUGGUGUACAAGAUGUGCUUGCUGGGUUCUCAGGAGGGUCGUCUCUGCUGUCCAUUGAGUGCGCGAUGCCCUCGGAUCCCCUUCCACCUACGAUCAGUUCUGCCCUCGUCAUCAUAUCAACCCCAUUCGCCCUCAUGGUUUUUGUGCAGCUGCUGUUCCUUUGUUUGUGGCUCUUCCUCCGGAGGAAAGGCAAAAAGGGCAAAAAUCAACACACGCAGGAAUUUUCAGUCUUCAGGAGCCAUGCAAUCCUGACAGCCAUCACUGCCAUUUUUUUCGCAUACGGCAACGUGACUGAGGAGCUGAUGAAGAUGGUGAACUGUGUGAAGUUGGAUGAGGAGACAGUCGACGACCUCGGGUUGCCUGAAUCGUACAGCAACUACUCCACUGCCAAGGAUAGCUUUUGGGUGGAGGAUACAAGCCAGAAGUGCUUCGAGGGAGAUCACAGGUACUUGGCCUAUAUCAUUGGCGUGCCAGGAAUCGUGCUGUUCACUCUGGGUGUGCCCAUCCUUCUCUUUGUCUUCCUCAUGGCGAAGAAGGACAAACUGUAUGAUCCUGACUACCUCAAGACCUACGGUUUCGUCUACGAGGUGUAUGCAGAGGACCAUGUGUAUUGGGAGGUGAUCACACUGGCAAGGAAGGGCCUCGUGGCAGCCAUCGUCGUCUUUGGCUACACGUUGGGGCCCAACCUGCAGGCAGUGCUCUCAUUGGGGGUGCUUAUUUUUGCACUGAUCCUGCAGGUUGUCGCGAAUCCCUACAAAUACGACCGCCUGAAUGAGUUGGAAGGGGCGUCGCUUGUGGUGACGAUGGUCACUCUGUAUUCCAGCCUUGUGUUCCAGGAUGACAACACCAGCAAUGCAGGAAGGGUCGCCAUGAGCGUGGUUGUCACGAUCUUCAACGUGGCUUUCGUGCUGAUACUGUGCUUGGAGAUAUACAUGAACACAGACCGCUAUGCAGACGCCAAGAUCACCCAUUACGGAGGGAGUGAGGCGCAGGGGAAGCUGCUACCCAUCAAACUCAUGCUGGUGGCAUGGCACUUUGUCAAGCAGAAGGUUACUGCACCUGUAGACCCAUCGGACGAGGGCUUUGUCCUUUCCAUCAGGAAGAGGAUUGCCAAAGUCAUGAAGUGGAAAAUGCAGUCGAGUGACCCGCUUCGUCCAAACCUCCCAGCAGAGCAUGUGGAUGGCGUCCUUGUUGGCCACCCUGAGACGAUCGAAGAGCACAGAUCGCAGGAGAUGGAGGUGGCUGCGUCACUGGGAUUGGGGAUGGGCGCCUCGAAAGAGGGCCUUGACUACAAGGAGAGAGAAAGGGGGCUGGGAGACGAUGAAGCACCUCUGGAGAGUGUGGACGUCGUAGACCUGUCCCCAGUUAAGAGCUCAAGCGACAGGAGUCUGCCAUCCACAAACGGAGGGGGGGGAGAGCUGAAGCUUGUCAGGAAACCCACCUUCCAGGGGUGA